AUUAAUACUGUUAUAAUUAUUUCCUUAUUUUCUUUUCUAGGAUCUUGCUACUUAUGACAGUGUUCAGAAAUUACCUUACCUCAACAUGUGCAUGGAUGAGACACUGAGAUUGUAUCCCAUUGCAAAUACGUUGAAUCGUGAGUGCAAUAAGACAUGCACUAUAAAAGGCGUGAAGAUUCCUGAAAAACUGUCUGUCAAAAUCGCUGUGGAUGCUCUACAUUACAAUCCAAAAUACUGGCCAGAACCGGAAAAAUUCAUUCCAGAAAGAUUUAGCGAAGAAGCGAAGUCUAAACAAGUGCCGUUCACCUACUUACCAUUUGGUGAAGGACCAAGAAUGUGUCUUGGAAUGAGACUGGCCAAGCUGGAGUUCAAGAUAGCCGCUGUUGAAAUGAUUCGAAAUUUCAAAGUUCUUCGAUGUGAAAAAACUGAAGACCCUCUUGUAUUAAGCAACAGCGUCUUACUGGCUGCCAAAAACGGAAUUUGGGUGAAGUUUGAACGAAGAUUGAAAAAAUAACUUUAAGUACUGCACAAAUAAAUGACCCUUUUGUAAAAUUAUAUACGAUAUAAAUAUUGAUUGGUAAAGUAAUGUAAUAUUUAAAAAAAUAAGCGUCAUUAUAAAAGUCGAAAAUGUAAAGAUAAUAUUUUGAAUAAUGUUUCCUUUUCUUCUAACAAUAAUUUUUUGUUGGCAUAUAUUUUAUUGAACUUUAAAAACAAAUCUCGUAUAUGCUUUAUCAGAGAGCAACGUUUCUACAGUUGACAUUACAAAGUUGAAUAAAUUUCUAUUUUUAUUA